CAGUGGGGUGCUUGCGCAUGCGCAAACGUAUUGGGUUUACUUGGUGUAUUUCCUGUUUGAUGUUCCUCGUUCGGAAAGAUGGCUGAAGUGAGAGUCAGUUUGGUGUAUGCAGUGCUUUUUCUAAGUUCGCUGGUAGUAGCAAUUGUCGAGGACCUCGAUGACUCGUUUAAACAAAGCCGCAUGGAAGAUGUGUGGUUAGUAGAUUUUUAUGCCCCUUGGUGUGGCUACUGUAAAAAACUGGAGCCAGUUUGGCACGACGUCGGCGCUGAGUUGAAGAGCUCAGGGUCUCCUGUCAGAGUGGGCAAAAUGGACGCUACUGCUUACAAUGGUAUGGCUUCAGAAUUUGGUGUGCGAGGAUACCCAACAAUCAAACUGCUUAAAGGAGACCUGGCCUAUAAUUACAAAGGGCCAAGGACCAAGGAUGACAUCAUAGAGUUCACUAACAGGGUGGCUGGGCCAGCUGUGCGCCCCCUACCGAGCAAGCAGAUGUUUGAGCACGUCAUGAAGAGACACAACGUGCUAUUCGUUUACAUCGGAGGGGAGUCGCCACUGAAAGAGAAGUACUUUGAGGUGGCAUCUGAGCUGAUCGUCUACACCUACUUCUUCUCCGCCCUGGAGGACGUCUUACCUGAGGCUCUUACCUUGCCCGAGUUGCCCUCCGUGGUGGUGUUCAAAGAUGGGAGCUACUUUACGUAUGAUCAAUAUGAAGAUGGCAGCCUGUCUACGUGGGUAAACAGGGAGCGUUUCCAGGGCUACCUCCCGAUUGAUGGCUUUACUCUCUAUGAACUGGGAGAGACAGGUAAAUUGGUGGCGAUUGCCGUGAUUGACGAGAAGGACCACACAGAGGACAACUCCAGGCUGAAGAACCUUAUUCAGAGGGUGUCCACAGAAUACAGAGAUCUCUUCAACAGGGAUUUCCAAUUUGGCCACAUGGACGGGAAUGACUACAUCAAUGGACUCAUCAUGGGUGAAGUGACCGUCCCGAGCGUCAUCAUCCUCAACACCUCUAACGAGCAGUACUUCCUGCCCAGUGAACCCGUGGACACCAUGGAGAAGUUGGUGAACUUCAUUAACAGUGUUCUGGACGGCACAGCACCAGCUUAUGGAGGAGAUGGAGUCCUCCAGAGGGUCAGGAGAGUGGGUUACGAUGCCAAGUCUACAGUGAUGUCUGUUUUCCGCAGCUCCCCCCUGCUGGGCUGCUUCCUGUUCGGCCUGCCGUUGGGCGUGAUCAGCCUCAUGUGUUACGGCAUGUGCACAGCCGAGUCGGACGAUGGCGCCGAUGAUAUGGAGCUCAUGAAGAGGGAGGGCCUCACUGAUGAGGAGGACGAGGAGGAGGCGGAGGAGGAUGAGGAGAGGCACCGGCAGUCGGCCAAGCUGGAGGAGUACGAGGAGGGGGAGGGGGGGCUGAGGAUGAAGGAGAGCUGCAACAACCGGAGGAGGAGAAGACCCUAGAGGAGAAGAAGGCUGAUUAACUCAGGAUGGGUGGAGCAGGAGGGGGAGAAAGAGUCAGCCAGAGGAGAGGAGGAGGAGGAGGAGGAGGAGGAGGAGAUUUUAGGAGAGGGCUGAAGAAGGUGAAGGCUGAGACAUGGUGACAUGGAAGUCUCCACAGGCAUAUCUACUUUUUUUCCAUUUUGAUCUGAUAUAUCUGCAGUGAGACAGCUCCUGCCUACCAGUCCUCCCCAAAGCUUCUUUUUUUUUUUUUGGUAAGUUUUAUUUAUGAGGUUGAAGAUGUUACCGUAAUUCUAAGUGGUCUUAAUGAUGCUUCAACAUCUCCAGUUGAAAAAAUGAUACUUGGUCAUUGGAAAAAAUGUACGGGAACGAGUAGGAAUCCAAAAAAAUGAAGCAUAAUUGAUGUGAAUCAAAGAUGAUGGCGUAUGGUUGUUGUUGAAGAGGAGACAUGCCAAACUUUACAUUUUUAUGUAAAGACAUCACUUCUCCCAACUGAAUUAAACAUACACUCAUACAUCUAAGUUAUGAGCGUGGCAUACAUCACUUGACCCACCAGGGGUCUUAACAGGUCAGAGAAGACUACUAAUGUCCUCUUUGGUCUUCUCCUCAAUCCUUCUGUCGCUUGACAAGAAGGUCCUAUAGUGGUUGAGUACAUCUGAGGGGAUGAACAGUGAACCCCUUUUUUCUCACACUUUUCCUCUCAUCCUUUUUACCUAUUUUCAAAAAUGAAUAUAAAAAGCGCUGGGUCAUUCUUGUUCUAAGUGAGCCAUAAUUCCCAUAAUAGAAGGCAAAGGCUUAAGAGAUAUCAAUGUUUAACUUUUUAAUUAAGAAAUAUUCUGUCGUCUUUUACCAUUGACAAUAACUGGAGGUUGCUAGUUGUGGUGGGAGAUGUAGUUUCCUAGGCGCAGAGAUGAUCUAAUUUGGGGUUUGGGGGAGCUGUUCCUUAAACCCCACUGUGAGGAUUCAUCUCCAUGGGAGUCCACCCGGUGCUUCCGUCUCUGGCCACUAGGGCUCCCCUGCAGGAGGGCCUACCAUCCCCCUCGUGUGUAGAGCUGCAAUACACGAAAGUGCAGAGGAGGGGAAAGGACCUUCUCAGCUAUGUUUACUCGAUGCACUGAAAUUCAUGGAUAUAAUGUGAAGGUAACCAAGGUCAAAAGGCUCAUACAAACACAGCCAGGUGGCACUGGUAGUUUAGUCUGUGUAAAGGAUUAACAUGGCCUUUUUUUGUAUUGUACAAUAUCUAAUGUAAUCUAAUAAAGAUUCCCUUGCAAGGAGAACAAGAACUCCCUACAUAAAGUGUACCGAGUGAAAAUAUGCUCUGAAGUUAGACGUUAUAUAACGGGUGCACUUUGAUUCUUUCAUGUAGUUUACUCAAUUAAUCAACAAGGAAAUAGGCUUCCAUAGCAAACAUAUUUGUGUAUCCCUCCAAGCAUCUGAAGUUUGCAGUUCUAAAGCACACUUCUAAAUGUACAGCUGUCCCCAUGGUGUGUGUGUGCGCCCCUCAUAAAGAUACUACUGCCAUUUGUUUUUUUUUUAUAAGGUAUGGAUAAAGCCCUCAGAGGAUCUAAUGUAUAGAUGACUAUGUUUGAUUCGUUAUGAAAGGUCAAAACCCAUUUUCAAAUCUUUGUCCACAUUUAGCUGUGGAGCCUCUGAAAGUUCUAAACAUAGCUUAUGAAUAUGCUGUGCUGUGCCAUCUUUAGGUUGGAGCGCUCGUAUAGAAAACAAGGUGUCAACCGUGGCUCUCAGAUAGAUGGCACCACGCUUAUGCUGGGGGACCACAGUGCAAACCUGGCCCUCUCUUUGCCUUCUGGUCAUUGUAGUUGCCUACCUUAAGAAUUUCUGCCAAAUAUCAUUGGUUUUCGAUUUGAGGUUGUCACUCUUUACUACAGAUUUAAAAAAAAAAAAAAUAAAGAUUGUCCUCUUUUUUCCUUGUGACUGAUUGGUGUUUGUCCUUCAGACUCAAUUUCUGUACCGUCUGUCUUUUUUAAAGCCUUCCUUCAUUUGGU